GAGUCGGUGGAAAGAAAGGCAAUAACUCACGAGGAAUUGUGCAGUUUCAGUUAAAGCCACAUUUUGAUUCCUCUUUUGAAUGCACUGUACCCGCUCAUGUUUUACCGCGAAUCACUUCUUCAUUGCCGUCGGCUUCUCUGACGUUUAGUUCAUGGCCGCAUUUGAGGGAGCUACUAGUUGCAGAUCCUGAGUAUUUCCAAUCACGUCAAAUUGAUCUCCUGCUCGGGGCAGAGGUUUAUUGUCAGAUCCUCCAAGAAGGGAUCGUUAAGGGACCAUUAGGGUCACCUAUGGCUCAAUGCACCGAGUUAGGAUGGAUAAUCUCAGGUCCGACUCACCCAGGAGCAUCCACUGGUAGCUCUUUCAGCUUUCAUGUAUCCAUUGAUGAAGAUCUCUAUCGCUUGAUGCACAAGUUCUGGGAGAUCGAUAGCGUACCUUCAACCGAUACCGUUCUUUCCGCCGACGAACAAUUAUGUGAAGAACAUUUUCUGUCGACCCAUUCCCGUAAUAAGGAAGGCAGAUAUGUCGUUAGAUUACCAUUUAAAAAAUCAGCUCAUCUUCUCGGUGACUCGCGGCCCAGAGCCGCUCGAAUUAUGCUUAGACUUUCUCAUAAACUCUCAGUAGAUUCCACUUAUGCGGGGCUUUACACCGAAUUCUUAACCGAGUACGAACAGCUGGAUCACAUGAGGUUAGUUCCUUCUCAAUUACCGGAGCCUCAACAAGUUUACUAUCUGCCGCAUCACGGCGUAAAGAGAGAGCACAGUCUCACUACUAAGCUCCGUGUCGUAUUCAAUGGAUCCAGCCCUUCGUCAUCGGGUUUAUCUCUUAAUGAUUUAUUGCAUACUGGAGCUAAGCUUCAAAUUGAUCUCUUUGAUGUGCUUAUUUGGUUUCGCCAUUUUCGCUAUGUAUUCUCCUCUGAUAUGGAGAAAAUGUACCGCCAAAUAGAUGUUCAUCCUCACGAUUGGAACUUUCAACGAAUUCUUUGGUGUGAUCAAUCACACAAUUUACGAGCCUAUCAACUAACUACUGUUACCUACGGCCUUGCAUGUGCCCCUUUUCUUGCGUUGCGCACUAUUCAACAGCUCUUAAACGAUGAAGGUUCCAAGUAUCCUUUGGCUGCUCCUAGCUUGCGCAAGGGACGGUAUGUUGAUGAUCUGUUUGGCGGGGCUGACACUGUGGAAGAAGCACAAGCAGUUGUGUCUCAGUUGACUCAGUUGUGCAUGGCGGGCGGUUUCAAGCUUAAAAAAUGGUCCUCUAACCAUUCAGAGAUUCUUACUUCUAUUCCCAAGGAUGAACAGAUACCUUAUUUAACCAUCGGUUCAGACGAUGACACUAUUGUUCAUACUCUUG